UGUUACAAAUUUGAUAAAAGUUAUUCAAGUGAAGCAGUGGUUAGUGAUAUAAAUGGUUACUAAGAUGCUGGUAAUAAUUGCCUUGAUGUUUAUCAAUUUACCACUGAAUAAUGCAAUUGAUAACGAUGCAAAGACAUAUGUACAUAUGGAGCAGAAACUCCACAGCGAUUUGUUUAAAGGCUACGCCAAGUACAAGUCGCCGUCCACAAACGUGACUACAAUAAAACUAAGAUUCAUCCUGAGAUACUUCUGGUUCGAUGAAAAUGAGGAGGAAUUCUUCAUACACACAUGGGCUUAUCUCUCUUGGAAAGAUCCAAGGCUUACAUGGAAACCUGAAGAUUACGAAAAUAUACAACAAACAUUGGUCCGAUCAAUGUCUAUAUGGGGACCACCGUAUUUGUUUAGUAACGUCAAGUAUUCGUUCGAUGAAUUUGGUGUGGAGCAACUAUCAUCAUGGCGAUGUACACUAAGGAACUCCGGAUCUGUUCGAGCUGUCAUACAACUGACACUUAGAACAAGUUGUAAGAGUAAAAUUAACAAUUGGCCUUACGACAUACAGUAUUGCUCGUUUAAAUUUGUGCCAAAUCCAUUUAAACGUUUACUUUCUGGCCAAUCCACCAGAUACAGAGACAAAGUGCUUUACGAUUAUCCAUCUAAACACGGAUUGGCAGUGCUCUUAGAGCUAUCAUACGCUUCUGGGUGGGACAUACUUGAUUAUAACACCAGUUAUGAACGCACUAAUACUAGUAUGUAUUAUCUUGAAUUCAAUUUCUUAGUUGAAAGACAAGCGUCAUCAUAUGCCACUAUUGUAAUAGUGCCUGCAAUAGCUUUAGCUGUAUUCACUUUGUGCUCAAUGUUUUUGGACGUGAGGCAUAAUGUAAGGAUUCUUAUUGCCUGUUUUAGCUUUUUAAGUCAUGUAUCUUUGUUGGAAAUACUUAGUUUUUUCGUCCCUCGUAAAGCAGUUGAAAGUCCUUUGAUAUUGUCGUUUAUUUGUUCUUCAAUUAUAAUCACUGCUUGUAUUAUCUUCUUAACCAUAGCGUUAAAUUCAGUAUUGAGAAUGAAAAUAUCUCCAACGUCUAAAAUAGUUGGAUUCAAUGAACAAAUAUUGGGAACGGCUUUGAAAUAUUUUAUAUUUCCUAAGUGGGAAGUAGAUCUGAAUGUGGGUACAGACGAUUUAAAUAGUUUAGCAAAAACACGAAUUACUUUUGUCAGUAUUGUGAAUAGUUUAUUUAUAUAUUUAUUCACAUUUGUGUAUUUAAUUUUGUACUGUAUUUACAUGCCUCGGCCUACAUCAAAUUUAGUGUUGUAAAAUAA